AUGUUGGCUGCUAGAUUUGCUGCCCGUCGUGGAGCUGCCACUCCUCGUUUGGCCACCUCUACUUUGAUGAAGCGUUUCAAUUCAAAUGGCAAGGUUCAAGGAUCAGUAAUUGGUAUUGAUUUGGGUACCACCAACUCUGCUGUUGCCAUCAUGGAGGGUAAGAUCCCCAAGGUCAUUGAGAACUCUGAGGGUGCUCGUACUACUCCUUCGGUUGUUGCUUUCACCAAAGAAGGUGAACGUUUGGUGGGUGUUCCUGCCAAGCGUCAAGCCGUUGUCAACCCUGAAAACACUUUGUUUGCCACCAAGCGUUUGAUUGGUAGAAGAUGGGAAGACAAGGAGGUCCAAAAGGAUUUGGAUCAAGUUCCUUACAAGAUUGUCAAGCACUCUAAUGGUGAUGCUUGGUUGGAGGCCAGAGGUGAGAAGUACUCACCUGCUCAAAUUGGAGGUUUCGUUUUGAACAAGAUGAAGGAGACUGCUGAGGGAUACCUUGGUAAGACCGUCAAGAAUGCCGUUGUCACUGUUCCUGCUUACUUCAACGACUCUCAACGUCAAGCUACUAAGGAUGCUGGUCAAAUUGUUGGUUUGAACGUUUUGCGUGUUGUCAACGAGCCUACUGCCGCUGCUUUGGCUUAUGGUUUGGACAAGACCGAGGACAAGGUUGUUGCCGUGUUCGAUUUGGGUGGUGGUACUUUCGAUAUCUCCAUCUUGGAGAUCCAAAAGGGUGUUUUCGAGGUCAAGUCGACCAAUGGUGAUACCCACUUGGGUGGUGAGGACUUCGAUAUCGCCAUUGUCCGAUUCUUGGUCGACAAGUUCAAGCAAGAGACUGGUAUUGAUCUUUCGGGAGACCGUAUGGCCAUUCAACGUAUCCGUGAAGCUGCCGAGAAGGCCAAGGUCGAGUUGUCUUCUACCGUUUCUACCGAUAUCAACUUGCCAUUUAUCACUGCCGAUGCCUCUGGUCCUAAGCACAUCAACGUUUCCAUCAGCCGUUCUCAAUUCGAGGGAUUGGUUGACGGAUUGAUCAAGAAGACUAUUGACCCUGUUAAGAAGGCUCUUAAGGAUGCCGACAUGACUUCUAACAACAUCAACGAGGUUAUUCUUGUUGGUGGUAUGUCGAGAAUGCCCAAGGUCAUUGAGACAGUUAAGAGCUUGUUCGGCCGUGAGCCCAAUAAGUCGGUCAACCCCGAUGAGGCUGUUGCCAUUGGUGCUGCUAUUCAAGGAGCUGUUUUGGCCGGUGAGGUUCAAGACGUUCUUUUGCUCGAUGUCACUCCUCUUUCUCUUGGUAUUGAGACCCUUGGCGGUGUUUUCACUCGUUUGAUCAACAGAAACACCACCAUUCCUACCCGUAAGGGCCAAGUGUUCUCCACUGCUGCCACCGGUCAAACCUCUGUUGAGAUCCGUGUUUACCAAGGAGAGCGUGAGCUUGUCCGUGAUAACAAGUUGAUUGGUAACUUCACUUUGUCUGGAAUUCCUCCUGCUGCCAAGGGUGUUCCUCAAAUCGAGGUCACUUUCGACAUUGACGCUGACGGAAUCAUCAACGUUUCUGCCCGUGACAAGGGUACCAACAAGGACGCCUCGAUCACCGUUGCCGGUUCUUCUGGAUUGUCUGACUCUGAGAUCGAGAAAAUGGUUAACGAUGCCGAGAAGUACAAGGAGCAAGAUAUGGCCCGUAAGGAGUCUGUUGAGACUGCUAACCGUGCUGACUCCAUCUGCAACGAGAUCGAUAACUCCCUUUCUCAAUACAAGGACCAACUCAACAAGGACGAUGUUGACAAGCUCAGUGUCAAGAUCACCGAGCUCCGUGAGCUUGUUGCCAAGGCCCAAUCCGGUGCCGACGCCGUCUCUGUCGAGGACUUGAAGGCCAAGACCGACGAGGUCCAAAACGAGUCGCUCGACGUGUUCAAGAAGAUCUACGAAGACAAGGCCCGUAACAACACCUCCUCCACCGAGGAGCCCAAGCCCGAGGACAAGCAAUAA